AUGGCUACUAAACUAUUCGUUGUUCUACUUUUAGCAUGUCUUCUAGCCGAAAUUCUUGCCGCUCCAUCCACGGAGGCAAAAGUUCGAAGAAAUAUGAUUAGGGGAAGACCACGUGGUGGAAUGAAGAAACAACCGAUUGUGAGUUAAGCGGGGCUAUUUUUGGGCUUCUCAAAUAAUUUUUUUUCCUCUCUUAUAGCCUCCGAGGUUCGAGAAUCCACGUGGAUUUUCUAGCCUCCGCAUUUUCAGAAAACUAGAAAAACCACGUGGAACUUCCAGGAAGCUCGGAAAUCCACGUGGCAAUUUCAGGAAACUCGGAAAGCCACGUGGCAUUUUCUGGAGGCUCUGAAAUCCACGUGGCAUUUUCUGGAGGCUUGAAAAUUCACGUGGAACUUUCAAGAGGCUCGGAAAUCCACGUGGCAUUUUCAGGAGGCUCGGAAGUUCACGUGGAACUUCGAGGAGGUUCCAAAAUCUACGUGGCAUUUUCAGGAGGCUUGAAAAUCCACGCGGAACUUCCAGGAAGCUAGAAAAACCACGUGGAACUUCCAGGAAGCUCGGAAAUCCACGUGGCAAUUUCAGGAAACUCGGAAAGCCACGUGGCAUUGUCUGGAGGCUCGGAAAUUCACGUGGCAUUUUCAGGAAGCUAUGAAAUCCACGUGGCAUUUUCACGAGGCUUGGAAAUCCACGUGGCAUUUUCAGGAAGCUAUGAAAUCCACGUGGCAUUUUCACGAGGCUUGGAAAUCCACGUGGCAUUUUGACACGAUCUUAGAAUCCACUUUUUUGAUUCCCAGGAACCUCUGUUCUAAAAUCCAUCCCUCACAUUUUUUUUUAGAUGACUGAAGCGGAUGCUCACAUUUCUGAAACUGUAGUUUCUGGAUUAUUCACACAAACUUUGGAUCAUUUCGAUAAUACUUCAACUUCAACCUUCAAUCAAAGAUAUUGGCAUAAUAAUCAAUGGUUCAAAACCGGAGGACCAGCAUUUUUGAUGCUUGGAGGAGAAGGACCAGAAUCAUCUUAUUGGGUUUCGAAUUCCAAUCUCGAAAUGACUAAAUUAGCAGCUCAACAAGGAGCCUGGGUAUUUGAUAUUGAACAUAGAUUCUAUGGAAAUACAUAUCCAACUCAGGAUAUGUCAGUGACCAGUUUGAAAUAUUUGAGCUCGGCACAAGCUAUUGAAGAUGCUGCCGCUUUUAUCAGAGUAAUUUCUAAAUUUUCAUUUUUUUUUCUAAAUUACAUUGUUUGUAGGCCAUGAAAACUCAAAUUCCCGAGCUCGCCAAUGCUCAAUGGGUCACAUUCGGUGGAUCAUAUUCAGGUGCUCUUGCUGCCUGGGCUCGUGAAAAACAUCCUGAAUUAAUUUUCGCUGCUGUUGGAUCAAGUGGUCCGGUUCAAGCCGAAGUUGAUUUUGUCGAAUACCUCGAAGUUGUCAAAAAUUCGAUUAGUCGUAAUUCGACAGCUUGUGCUGAUAGUGUUUCGAAUGGGUUUAAUACGGUUGCGAGUUUGUUGAAGACUGCUGAUGGAAGAAAACAAUUGAAGAGCACUUUCCAGUGAGUGAUAAGCAACAAUUUGUGAUUUUUGAUUUUAUCGAGAAAAAUGGGAGAACUAUGGUUAUUGUAUAUUGUUUUAAAAACUUUUGAAGUUCUAAAAAAUCGGAAUCAUUUUAUAACUAUUCUCUAAAUUUUUGAUACAAUGGUUUAUUUUUAGAAGUUUAUCACGGGAAACUGAAAUUUAGCGAAAGUUUCUAGACAAACUUGCUUCAAAUUUUAAAAUUGAUAAAAAUCAGGGCGCAGCUACUUGAGAACUAGACUUUCUAGGCGUGGCUACUUGAUAUCGAAGCUCUCAAGGCACGGUGCCUUGCCAGAGAGGAUCUCUAGAUGCUGAUCCUAGAAAAUUGAGUUCUCUAGGCGCGGCUGCUUGAGAACUAGGCUUUCUAGGCACUGAUCUUUGACAAUUGAACUUUAUAGGCGCGGCUACUUCUCAACUAUAAUGUUUAGGCUCGACUAAAGCAUGGCUCUAUGAUCUUCAAAAUUUAGAGCACAAUUUUCCCAAAAAUCCAUAUUGUUUCCAGUUUGUGCCAAGAAAUCAACAUAAACGACGAUAAAGCCGUCAAAUAUUUCUGGGAAACAGUCUACAGUCCAUACAUGGAAAUUGUUCAAUACACUGGAGAUGCUGCCGGUGCAUUCGCAACUCAAUUGACAAUUUCGAAUGCGAUUUGUAAAUAUCAUUUGAAUACUCAAACAACUAUUUUGCAAAAAAUGAAACAGGUCAACAACUAUUUCAACUUGGAAAACGAAUAUUUCGGAUGUAACGAUAUUAGUUAUCAGGGAUUCAUUGAUUUCAUGAAAGACGAAACCUUCGGAGAAGCUCAAUCAGAUCGCGCAUGGGUUUGGCAAACAUGCACCGAAUUCGGAUAUUAUCAAUCAACAGCCAGUCCAAUUGCUGGCCCAUGGUUUGGUGGAGUUCAAAAUCUUCCAGCUCAAUAUUAUAUCGAUGAGUGUACUGCGAUUUAUGGCGCACAAUAUAAUAGCGCUGAAGUUCAAACAGCUGUCGAUUAUACGAAUAAAUAUUAUGGUGGAAGAGAUCAAUUGAAUACCGAUCGAAUUCUUUUGCCGAAUGGUGAUAUUGAUCCAUGGCAUGCGUUGGGAAAAUUGAAUAGUACUAAUCCAAAUAUUGUUCCAGUUGUUAUUAAUGGUAAGGUUUUUUUAUUUUUAAAUAGGCAGCUGGAAUCUAGCUGCUGAAUAGUUAGCUUUUAGAGAUUCUCUAAAAAUAAUUAAAUUAAAGGAACCGCCCAUUGUGCUGAUAUGUAUGGAACAUCCACUUUGGACAGUGUUUAUUUGACCCAAGCUCGUCAAACAAUCGCAAAUGUUUUGGAUAAAUGGUUGAAACAAUCAAAUUAA